AUGAAGAUAGGCAGCCUGCGCCGCCGCUCGACACCGAAGGAGCUGCCAGAGCCCGAGCCGCUUCCGCGCAAGCAGGCGCUGCUCAUCGGCAUCAACUACGACCGCACGCCGCACGACCAGGAGUAUGCGCCGCUGUCGCGCGCGCGGCAGGACACGAAGGAUUUUCGGGAUCUGCUCAUCUCCAAGUACGGCUAUGACCCCGAGAAUAUUGUGAUGAUGUUGGACGAAGAUGGGAUCGCGCCGAACCUCGAGCCGACGCGGGCGAACAUCUUGUACCAGAUACGCAAGAUGGUGGCCAACGCACGGGCGGGGAGUCGAUAUGUGUUCUUCUUCUCCGGCCAUUCUGGUCAAGUCGCGACCGCGCGACCGGAAGAAGACGAUGGCUUCGACGAGUUCCUCGUCCCCAUUGAUCACGCGCGACACAUCGGUGCCGACGAGAAGACGACGAACAAGCGCAUGGUCCUGGACAAUGAGCUCCGUCGGCGGCUUGUUGAUCCCCUCCCCACUGGGGCCCACCUCACGGCGAUCUUCGACUCGUGCCAUUCGGGGACGAUGCUGGACCUGGAUCACUACCUCUGCAAUGCCAUCUACAGUCCGUUGAAGAGCCCCGGCCUGCGGCGAUACAAGAGCAAGUGGCAGCAAGUCCGCCGGAGGGAUGGACAACGUAUAAGCCAAUCGGGCGUCCGUAUUGUCACGAGGAAGCUCUCGCAGUCCGAUAACGACCACGGCGAUGCGGCCCGAGAGAACUCUACCUGCGGCGUGCGAAUUUACCAGCGCAGCCGCCUCUCCGAAGACGAGGUCGAGGUGCGCACGACUGCCGUCGAUUUCGCCGACGUCAAGGACGGCACCCAACGGAAGUAUUCGCUGCGCACGUCGACGCGUCGCACGUCGAUCCGCCCAGGGACGUCUCUCGGGGACGUCGCGGAGGGUCUGUCAACAGCCUCUCUGGUCACUUUCAUCGACGAGGAAGAGAUCGACCGCAGGUGCUCGUCCCCCACAUCGUUGACCCAGUGCAACGGCUUCUGUGACGUGGCCGACAAACCGGCCGAGGGCGCAACGGUGCUCUCCAUCGCGUCAUGUCAAGACUCCCACAUGACGUUCGAGUCCAACCGGGGCUCGUUCACGCACUGGCUCAUUCAGCUCCUCCAGCGGAACCCACACCAGCCCAUCAGCCGCUUCAUCCGCGACCUCUCGGACAAGAUGUCCACGCAGGCGGACAGGGCGCACGCGUGGUCCCAGAAGCGGAAGGAGAGCUGGAAGCGGAAGCACCCCGUCGAGGCCUCGUCGAGCUCAGCUACUACCGAGACGGGGAGCUCUGAAUCCUGCUCGACGUUGACGGAGGCCCCGCGCCGCGAGGUCACCGUUUACGAGACCUGGGAGCCCCAUCCGCUGGACCACUUGGACUUCACGAGCAUCCCGCAGCCGCAGCUGGGGGCUCAGCAUCGUCUCGACCUUGAGCAACCAAUCAUGCUUUAG